AUGAGAGACAGGAGAAUUAUCGUCUCGGUUGACUUUGGGACAACCUAUUCAGGCGUCGCGUGGGCAGAGACGAGCCGUCCAGAUGUCCAGCACGUAAUAUCAAAUUGGCCAUCGGCCAAUUCGUUCCAGAGCAGCCUCAAGGUCCCGACAGAGCUUCGCAGGGUCGCUUCCGGCUGGCAAUGGGGUUUUCAAGUCCCCGAGUCGGCCAGACGUUAUCGAUUCUUCAAACUGAAGCUAGAGGAACCUGAAAGGGAAUGCAAAGAUGGCGAGUCGGCGCAAGAGCUGACCAAGAUAUACCUCUCAUGCCUCUAUAGGCAUUUCAUUAGCGUCUUGGAAAAGAGUCUGUCGCCCGAGGUGGUAUAUUCCACUCCUAUGGACUUUGUCGUGACGGUGCCGGCUAUUUGGUCCAACGCAGCGAAGCAGGCUACUGAGCGUGCUGCCGCCAUGGCCGGCUUCUGCGGGAACCAGAGGAUACAGCUAAUCACAGAGCCUGAAGCCGCGGCACUGUACACCAUCAAUAGCCUAAGCCCCUCCGCCCUUCGGCUUGGUUGGAAGUUUGUUGUAUGCGACGCCGGCGGCGGAACAGUCGACCUCAUCUCGUAUGAAGUGACCCGUCUGGACAGGCUCGAGGUCAAAGAGGUGACCGGUGGCACCGGCGGCAAGUGCGGUUCAUCGAUGCUCAACAAGAGGUUCCGUCGGUACUUGAAGCAGAUUCACGGUGACAAGUUCUGGACGGACGAGAGGCUCGUCCUGGCGCUCAACGAAUUUGAAUCGUUCAAGAAGGACUUUUCACCCAAAGGAGAGCCAUUGAUCAUUCGUGUCGAUGAGAGUCUUCGUCUAAGGCGUAAUCGGUUUACGGUUCCGCCUGAAGACAUGAUGACGCGCAUCUUUGAUCCUAUCAUGAAAGACGUCAUUGGCCUUAUCAGCGAGCAAAUAGCGAUGGCAGGAAAUGAUGUAGCUGCCGUGGUCCUCGUCGGCGGCUUCGGGCAAAGUCGCCAUCUCAAGUGCCAGGUCCGAGAUGCCAUCGGCGCCGGUAUCAAGGUGCUGCAGCCUGACAACGGGUGGAUCGCUGUCGUCAAAGGCGCAGUGAUCCAUGGCCUCAACCAAUACCAGCCAGGAGCGGCGCAAGUGGAAAUCGCAUCGCGAGUGGCGAGGAAAUCGUACGGCACUUGCCUUCUGGCAAAGUAUGACAUGAUGAGACAUGAUCCGAGGGAAGCCUUCUGGUCGGCCAAGGAAGAGGAGAUGGUCGUGGCAGAGAUGUGCUGGUUCAUCGAGAAGGGUCAAUCGUAUCCAGAGGAUAGACCGUCGUCCAUCGAGUAUCAAUGCGAUAUCCCCGUCAACGGUGGACAGUCGCCGCAAACCGAGAUUGAAAUAUUUGCCCACCACGACGAGGGGAAGCCGCCGGUGCAUGUCAACUCGAGGACAUACUGCGUCGCCACCCUGCGUCUCGAUCUAGACAUGAUCCCAACGGCCGCGAAGGAGGAGGCGGGGAUGAGACUGAUGGGCUGGCAUCGAUACUAUUGUCUCAGUGGCGUCAUCGAGGCCUGCUACGGGUCAGCCAUGAUAACAUAUACGGCCAAGCUCGGAGUCGACGGAGUCAAAUGGAUCAUGGCUGAGGAUGUUGGUGGCAACGGAAAAGCAGCUCCUGAGAUCGCUGGCUUCGCAACUGGCCCGCCUCCUUCGACUCUUGCUGCACAACUUGUCGAAAACAUCUCAACAUCCAGCAAAUCGACACGGUCCGACGACAGUAGCGAGCUGAAAGGCCUCUUCGCCCUCAUCCAGCGCGUCAAGGACGAUCCUGAGCUUCUCAAAUCAACCAGUGACCGGGUAGAACAUAACCAUAUGCUUGUAUAUGUCUAUUGCCGCGUUGCUUUGGAAGGAAUCAAGCUCGAUAAACCAUUCGUUGACCGAUCGCACGUCCGCUCGGAGCUUUUGAAAGCAAUCAAUUUUCUGCGCUUCACCAUCAAAGAAACACCAUCUGUCCUCGUUUUUGUCAACAAUGGCCAAGAGCUCUUGUAUCGAGGACGGGAGGCCUUGUGGAUCUGGCUGCUACCCCAGCUCCUUCGCUUACUCGGACAUGCCGAUUGCGUGGAAUUGGAAGGGUCCAUCGAGGGAUUCCUGCAGUAUAUCUUGCUCGUCGUCUCUCGAAUAGGCGCAUUAUGGGGAUUGACCACAUCGCUGGGCGUAUACUUGCGAUCAUGCACUCUGGACUGCCUCCAAGACCCCUCUUUGCCCACCUCGAAUGCGAAAAUCUCUAUCAGCCUUCAGCUACCGCCUCCAUUUGCGCUUGAACAGAUUCUUGGAAAAUCUGGCUGCUAUGACGCCCGAAUGUCGUACACCAUCGGCUCCGCAGCCCAAGCCCUCCGACAGGCCGCGAGCUUGGCGAAAGUGCUGGCAUACCCAAUUACAUCUCAGGACCCUUCCUUCUCCUGCAUCUCAUCGUUUCUUCAGAAUGGACCCUGGCUCAUGGAUACUUGGCUUGACCUCAGGCACGUCCAAAAGAGAUGGGAUACCAGCAUGCACAGCUCCCCCAUUCCUCUCAUUGAGACAGCCCUCGAGGUCGUCAAAUGCUCGCCUGCCGACGAGGACUGUUCGUCUACACGGAACAAAGCAAACGCGCUUCUAGUUUUGUUAUGCAGCGAGAUGGUCUCAUCUCCGGUUGAAUUGAUCCGGCUGGACCCAUCUGGCGAAGAGGCGAGGCUCACAUGCUGCAAAGCCCUGGUCGCAAUAUCCGUGGCCUCCAUUCAGUCGUAUGCGAUCGGGAGGCUGGCCGCCCCGAAACUCAUCCAAGAGCUUACAUUGCUUUCCUCUCAAUACUCGGCGAUUGGAGAAGACACCGAUAUUUGGAAAUGUGCCAAGCUGCUUCGACAAGUGAUAAAUUUUCAGCGCCACCAGCCUCUAGAUGACUUCCUCCAUCCCUCCACGUUUCAUUCCAGGGAAGUGCGCGAGUACGUCGAAGGAUGGAACCUUAUCCGAGAAACACCUGCUCAAAUCAGACAUGACACCACCAAGAGGAGAAAGAUUUCGGCCCAGGAUAACGACUGGCAUUCUUUAAUCAUACAGGCGAUCUAUGAAACGCUGCAGAUAGACCUUCCUAAUGAUGACGAUGAUGUCGUAGUGUUUGAGCAGUUAUUCUUGAAAGGAUUCGCGACAGCUACCGAAGCUAACCAGUGCCUUGCUGUCGAUCUGCUCUCAAGAAUUUGCUGCUUAGCAGAUGGCCUUGACCAAACUUGGGAGCUGCCUGCCUUGUCCCCCGAUAUAAGAUGUGUCAUCUGCGAGGGGGGUGGCACAGCCGCUCGCUCACCAUCCUCUCAUACCUCAAAGAGUGAGGCUCGAUUGAUUAUCGGCAAAUUGAUUCAGUCACCUGUAUUCAAAGAGUCGAGACGUCCGCGGGUGGCAACCAUGAUAUGCCUCAGAAGAUUUGUGCUCCAUUGCGAAGAUGCCGGCUUCCUCAAUAUUGAGUAUUCAAUCACCGGUAACUGGUGUCUGCAGUCUCUAAAUAGCUCCGUGCGUGAGCUUAGGGUGGCUGCUGGUAGGACGUUAGCCACAUUCAUUCCGAAGAAGUCGACAAGUACGGUGGACGAGGACCUUCUCUGCCGCAAUCGCGUCUACUCUAUCGCAGCUCUCAAAACGAUGUCCGAGAAUGACCAGCCUCAUUUGGUUGAAACGCGCAUCAUGGCGUGGGGCCAACUGGGCAAGAUCGUUACUGAUGAUGAGCUUAACCUAAUUUUGAUCAAGCUCCUCGAGUAUCUGGGCAGCAGCAAUAGCAUUGUCUCUGCGUUUGCUUUCAACGAGCUUUUGAACCUUGCAGAGUCUCGGUCAACAACCCCGCGGCGAAUGUUCGAACCAUUCUGGAAGAGCCUAGCUUACAUGGCCACCAAAGACAUGAUCCAGCGUCCUCAGCGCAGCCGAGCCAUUGCAGAGCUGCUACAAAUCUCCGUCAACGAGCUUUUGUUGCUCAUACAGACACAUGCGCUACCAUGGCUCGUAUUGGAUAAACGAAAGGACGUCAUCCAAAAGAUUGCCGAAGCCCGCCAGGAGACGGAGCUAUGGCAACCACUCUUGGACGGCACCAACCUCGCUGCAACGUUGGCUCUUUUGCUAGUGCAUGACCCAGACAACAUGGAAGAAUUCGUCAAGUCUCGACUGAAUGAAAUAUCUGCCCAUUUUCAUCCGCUUUCACUUCUCGACCUCUUCCAGUCAGAACCGGUCUUGAUUGCCAUGGAACUGUUGAAGUCUGCAGCCUCCGGCGAUGCCACUCGGCAGCAAGUGGCCCAUAGAGCACUGCGCUUGCUGGCAACUACCAUCAUGAGCGCUAGCAAUGAAACCAGGAACAAGAAGAGCGAUGUUGUGGGACGCUUUCUGCAGUCGCAUAUUCUUGGGCUCAUGGCGCGGUUGACUGAUGUCAUCAACGACUCGGUAUCGACGCAACCUCCAAUUCUAGAACAACGAAGCUGUAUCAGAACUUUGGAAGAAAUGAUCAAGGUCUGCAAGUCGUACACGAGGAUCGCCAGACCACAGAUGUCGGCAUGUUUGUUGUCUGCGAUUUCUCAGGAUGCCCUGCGCGAAGUAAGCUUGUCGUGCUGGGCGGCCAUGAUCACGCAUCUCGAUGAAGAGGAUGUUGAAGCGCUCAUUGAGACAACCUUCUUCAUCAUCAACCGUUACUGGACAACGUUCAACAAGACGACCGCCAAGGCUGCGCACGAGAUGCUCAAAUAUCUCUUGGACAAGCACGAGCGAGUUAUAAUGGAAUACAUCUGCAAGCUCCCCCCCCUGUCGCACAUUGCUGAACUGAGCGAUGUCGAGUCGACAUUGCUCUCUUGGCGGUCGGUUCUCACCACAGGUGAGGCGUUGAAUGUGUUUGCCUCGCGGGUCGCGCACGACAACUCAGGCGUUGCUCAUCAGGCUCUAACGGAGCUUGUCCCCUACUUGAGAGACAACCAGAGCUCUCUACAUACCUCGGCGGUGAGCCAGCGACCAAACAGUGCAAUUACCAUCGUUCUGAGAGCGCUUCUCGACUGCGCGUGCAAAUACAACGGCAUCCAGAUGGAUAUUUCACGACUCUGCGUUGAAUGCAUCGGGCUUAUCGGCUGCCUAGACUCUAAUCAAAUGGAAUCCGUGAGGGAGCAACGAUCUAUUGCCGUUCUGGAAAAUUUUGAGGUCUUUCCAGAGACGACAGAUUUUGUACUGUUUCUGUUGGAAGAAGUGCUGGUUCCGUCGUUCUUGUCUGCAACGGACACGAAGCUUCAAGGAUUUCUUUCAUAUGCUAUGCAGGAACUACUCGAUCGGUGUGACGUCAGGGCCGCCUGUGCGCAGCAUACAGUUGGGAACCUUGACGGAGAUACGGUCUAUCGGAAGUGGAUCGGCCUGCCCGAAAACAUUCGCGAAGUUUUGGCACCAUUUCUGAGUUCGCGAUAUAUGGUAGCGCCAAUGGCCCCUGUCACCGUGGAAUACCCUAUCUUUCAGCCGAAAAGACCUUACGGAAACUGGCUCAGGGUCUUCGUCAUGGAUCUUCUCCGCAAAGGGCAGAACGCGCUCGCCCAGCUCAUCUUUGAGCCUCUCGCUCGUGUAAUUCGCGUUAAGGACCUGUCCACGGCAGAGUUCCUACUUCCCUACCUGGUGCUACACAUACUUCUGGGGAGCCACAGCACCCAAGAUGAAAAGGAUCAAGUGGUGGGCGAGUUGAUGUGCGUCUUGGAGCACCGUGUAGCGGAAGACGCGACAUACACUGAACAGGAGGAAAUGAAGCGCUUUUGCCAUGCAACAAUUGGCAAGGAAAGUGUCGCGAGCAUCCAGAAAGUCCUGGACGGUAUUCCAGCCGAGUUAAUCUCGCAACGAGCAACGGAUUGCAACGAAUACGCAAGAGCACUGUUUCACCUGGAACGGCACAUCCAAAAAAUGGAACAGCAGAAGAGAGAGCCUGGGGAUCGGAAUCGAUCUCUGGAACGCUUACAAGACAUAUACGCCAACAUCGACGAGCCAGACGGUCUGGAGGGAAUCUCGACCCAUCUCCACGCACUAGACAUUCACCAACAGAUUCUAAGCCACAAAAAAGCAGGUCGAUGGACAGCGGCACAGACAUGGUACGAGAUGCAGCUUGCAGAACAGCCGGACAGCGUCGACGUUCAGGUGGACCUUCUCAACUGCCUGAAGCAGGCAGGGCAACAUGAUGUGCUGUUGAAUCACGUGGAAGGGAUGCGGACAGACCUUUUCGGCGACAACAAGAUCAUGCCAUUUGCAGUCGAAGCUGCUUGGGUUACGGGUCGAUGGGAAAGCCUCACCAAAUUUACCAGUCGAUUUCACGGCAGCGCUGUCCAAGACUUCAACAUCGCCGUGGGAGCGCUGUUCGGGUCGCUGCACAAGCAAUGCACCCCUGAAUCAUUCGACAGGGCUGUUCGCGGCAUGCGAGAGAAGAUUGCGCUCGAAAUGACCAGCUCGGCCACGGCUUCCCUGCAGGCGGCACACGAGCUCCUUUUGAAGUGCCAUGUUCUUGCUGAUGUCGAGGCCAUUGUCGGAUCCAGCGGGGAAGAGGAUGAGCGAAAGAGGACGAUGAAACUGCUGGACGGUCGCCUCGAGGUCAUCGGGGCCUACUUUGUCGACAAGCAGUAUCUCUUGGGCAUCAGGAGGGCUGCCAUGGAGCUGACAAGGCCCAAAUUUGGUGAUUUCGACAUCUCAUCCCUCUGGCUUGCCAGCGCUCGCCUCGCACGAAAAUCAAACUCCAUGCAUCAAUCCUUCAAUGCGGUACUUCACGCCUCUCAACUCGGAGACGACGCAGCAACGAUUGAGAAUGCGAAGCUCUUGUGGCGUGACAAGCAUCAUAGGAAAGCGAUCCAGAUGCUCCAGGGCGCAAUAGAACGGAACAAGCUCAUGACGCAGACGGGGACAUCCGCGAGCACGGUGGAUACCAGCUCUGGAAAGCAGAACAGCCAACAGAAGCUUGUGACUGCCAGGGCCCAACUCCUCCUCGCGAAAUGGCUCGACGCCUCGGGGCAGUCGCAUGCCGGAGCGCUUCGAGAAAGGUACCAGCAGCCUCCCAAGACGUUUUCGACGUGGGAAAAGGGCCACUACUACCUCGGGCGGCAUUACAAGAAGGUCUUGGAGUCGGAGCAACCGCUGAAGGCGGACGAUCAAAGCGACAACUACGUGACGGGCGAAAUUGCGAGACUAGUCAUCGAGAACUACGUCAGGUCUUUGAACUCGGGGACCAAGUACAUCUUUCAAACCCUUCCGCGGAUUCUGACCCUGUGGUUGGAUCUCGGCGCUCAGGUGGACAAACCGCCCGAAGGCAAAGUGUCACUCUCGAAGGAGUUGCACAAGCGAAGGGUCGAGCAGCUGAAUCUGCUCCACGCGUUUCUCGACAAGUACAUCCACCGACUGCCGGCCUACAUAUUCUACACGGCCUUGCCGCAGAUUGUGGCGCGCAUCGCCCAUCCAAACCCGAAGGUUUUUGAGCGGUUGACGCACAUCAUCGUCAAGGUGGUGGAGGCGCAUCCUCGGCAAGCGCUUUGGAGUCUCAUCGGAACCAUCACGACGAAGCAGGUGUCCGAGCGGAAGGCUCGCGGCAAGCAGAUCGUGCAAACUCUGCAGAGCAUUUCGAGAAAGGUGGACGGGACGGCGCACGAUCUCAAGUACCUCAUCAGGGCGGGCGAGAAGCUCGCGGAUCAGCUCCUCCUCGCUUGCCACCACGGCGAUUUCCACGGCAACAAGUCGGUGACUGCCAGCCUUUCGCGCGAUCUCCGAUUCCAGCACAAGUGCACGCCCUGUCCACUGGUUGUGCCGGUGGAGGGUUCGCUCACGGCGACGCUCCCCGCCGUGUCGGAACAUGUGAAGAAGCACAAGGCCUUUUCGCGGGACGUCGUCACGAUUCAGUGCUUCUUGGACGAAGUUCUCGUCCUCAGCUCUCUCGCGAAGCCUAGACGCCUCACGGCGCGAGGAUCGGACGGCAAGAGCUACAUGCUUUUGAUCAAGCCCAAGGACGACCUUCGGACGGACCAGCGACUGAUGGAGUUCAACGGCAUCAUCAACCGGUCGCUCAAGCGAGAUGCGGAUUCGAGCCGGAGGCAGCUGUACAUCCGAACGUACGCCGUCGUGCCGCUCAACGAGGAGUGCGGCAUCAUCGAGUGGGUGCCCGGGAUCAGGACGAUGCGAGAGAUCCUCCUGAACAUAUACAACUCGCAGAAGAUAUACCCCGACUACCAGAUGCUGAAGCAGCUGAUGGACGAGGCGUCGCUGUCGGACAGCAAGAGCAGGAUAUUUUCCGACGACGUCCUGGGCCGGUUCCCGCCGGUACUCCCCAUGUGGUUCAUUCAGCAGUUUCCGAAUCCAUCCGCCUGGUUCGCCGCACGGCUGCGAUACACGCGCUCGUGCGCCGUCAUGUCGAUGGUGGGCACGAUCCUCGGCCUCGGCGACCGGCACGGCGAAAACGUCAACCUCGAGGAGGGCAACGGCGGCAUCUUCCACGUCGACUUCAACUGCCUCUUCGACAAGGGGCUGACGUUCCUCAAGCCCGAGCGAGUGCCGUUCCGGCUCACACACAACAUGGUGGCGGCGAUGGGCAUCUACGGUUACGAGGGACCAUUCCGAAAGUCGUCGGAGCUGACGCUGAGCAUCCUCCGGCAGCAAGAGGAGACGCUCAUGACGAUCCUGGAGGCCUUUAUCUACGACCCGACACUCGACCUGCAGAAGGAGAAGCGGACGUCGAGGAAGGGCGACUCGGCGGUCCGGCUGCAGCCGCAGAGCGUGGUGGACAGCAUCAAGAGAAAGGUGCGGGGACUGCUGCCGAACGAGAGCAUUCCGCUGAGCGUCGAGGGACAGGUGGCCGAGCUGAUUGAGCAAGCGGUCGAUGCCCGGAACUUGACUGCCAUGUACAUUGGUUGGUGUCCGUUUCUGUAG